AUGGGGAAACUGAUCAGGAUGGGGUCACAGGAGAGGCGGUUACUCCGGCCAAAGCGGCUGCAUUGGAGUCGCCUCCUCUUCCUGCUGGCAAUAUUGAUCAUCGGUUCCACCUAUCAGCACCUGAGGAAACCCCGGGGCCUCCCCUCACUGUGGGCAGAAGUCUCUUCACAACAGCCUGUAAAACUGGCCAGCCGGGACCUCCCCAAUGAUGAAAUGAUGAUGGUGAGCGGUGACCCUCCAGAAGCUAGCUCUGAAAUGGAGAGUGAGAUGCUGGUACCCCAAGGCAUGGCGGGCAGGGAUGCAGCAACACCUAGCAUAACAAUGGAGAACACCCCCAACAUGCCUAGAGGAACAGCCAAGAUUAUUGCAACAGCAACCAAAAAUACUCACAGCCCAACAGCAGCAGGUACAGAAAGAGUGAAGGAAAAUGCCCCAACCACAUCUAGUAGAGUACUGAAUCACUAUACCCCAACUUCAAGCAGACAAACCGUAAAAUAUUAUGCCCCAAUACCCAGGGGAGAAAUGCAGAGCCACGGCCCAACCAAGGCCAGGGGAAAGGUAAAGAAGUACACUCCCUCCCCACCUGGUAGAACAGUACACACUUACGCUCCAUCUACAUUCAUGGCAAUGGGAACAAGCCAUGCGACCACCCCCAGGACAACAGCGAAAGACAGUGAAACUAUGGCAACCUAUCAAAUAUUGAAAACCAACUCUCCCAAGAGAAUAGUGGAGGAAACCACCCCAGCUACUCUCAAGGGAAUAGUUGAUAACACCCCAACUUUCCUGACACAUGAGGUCGAAACAAACAUCUUGACUUCUCCAAGGAGUAUAGUGGAAAAAAACACCCUGACUACCCCCAGAAGAGUGGAAAAUAGUAGCUCAACCAGUCCUUGGGGGUUAGUGGGAAAGAAUAACCUGAUGACUCCCCAGAGAACAGUCCUGGAGCACACCCCAGCCAUCUCUGAGGGGCAGGUGACAAUCAGCACCGUGACAGGCAGCAGCCCAGCAGAAACCAAAGCCUCUACUGCUGCCUGGAGUGUUAAGAAUCCCCCACCCAGAACCAGUGCAUCAACCAUCAAAACGGCCCCAGCCACUGUCUGGAGGCUGACAAAGAAAGCUUCCACAGCACCCAGCACCUCAGCAACCCUCAAGGGCAGGGCAGUUCCUACCACCCAGGUCCGUCACUGUGUGAUUGUGGGCCCAGCCCCAGCCAUGCCCAUCGCCCCCUCCCUGAGCCUGACAACCGCCCUGCUCCCAGAGGUACCCAGUUCCAGUCCCUCAGAGCUGCCUCCUGGCUGGUCAGACCACCACCCCCAGGCAGAGUACCCCCCGGAUCUGUUCAGUGUGGAGCAGCGGCGGCAGGGCUGGGUGGUGCUGCACAUCUUCGGCAUGAUGUACGUGUUUGUGGCAUUGGCCAUCGUGUGUGACGAGUACUUUGUUCCAGCCUUGGGUGUCAUCACAGACAAGCUGCAGAUCUCUGAGGAUGUGGCAGGCGCCACGUUCAUGGCUGCUGGAGGCUCUGCCCCUGAGCUCUUCACCUCCCUCAUCGGUGUCUUCAUUUCCCACAGCAACGUGGGCAUCGGUACCAUCGUGGGCUCUGCUGUAUUCAACAUCCUCUUUGUCAUCGGCACUUGUGCCCUCUUCUCUCGGGAAAUCCUCAACCUCACCUGGUGGCCCUUGUUCCGUGAUGUCUCCUUCUACAUCCUUGACCUGAUGAUGCUCAUCCUCUUCUUCCUGGACAGCCUCAUUGCCUGGUGGGAGAGCCUGCUACUGCUGCUGGCCUAUGCCCUCUAUGUGUUUGCCAUGAAGUGGAACAAGAGGGUCGAGCUCUGGGUGAAGGAGCAGCUCAGCAGAAGGCCAGCAGCCAAGGUCAUGGCCUUAGGGGACCUCAGCAAGCCGGGCGAUGGGGCCGUUGCGGUGGAUGAGCCACAGGAUAACAAGAAGCUGAAGCUCCCGUCCUUGCUGACCCGGGGGAGCAGCUCGGCCUCUCUGCACAACAGCACCAUCCGCAGCACCAUCUACCAGCUCAUGCUCCACAGCCUGGACCCCCUGGGGGAAGCCCGCCCCUCCAAAGACAAGGAGGAGGAGAGCCUGAAUCAGGAAGCCACAGCCCAACCCCAGGCCCAAGCAGAAAGCAAAGCAGAAGAGGAGCCAGCCGGGCUUCCUGCGGUCACAGUCACACCAGCUCCCACUCCAGAUGUCGAGGGAGAUCAGGAGGAAGAUCCGGCCGGUCAGGGAGAUGUGGCUGGAGCUGAGAACACAGGUGAAAUGACAGGUGAAGAGGGAGAAACUCCUGGUGAGGGUGAAAUUGGAGAGAAGGGUGGAGGUGAAACUCACCUAGAAGGUGAUGGCGAAAUUAAAACAGAAGGGAAAGGAGAUGAACAUGAAGGUGAAAUUGAAGCAGAAGGAAAAGGAGACAAUGAAAAUGAACAUGAAGGCGAAAUCCAAGCAGAAGAUGGUGAAAUGAAAGGGGAUGAAGGUAAAACUGAAGGCCAGAAACUCAAUGCUGAAAAUCAAGAUGAAGCCAAAAAUGAUGAGAAAGAUGUAGGUGGUGAAGGGGGAAGUGAUGGGGAUGAUAGUGAAGAGGAGGAGGAGGAGGAAGAAGAAGAAGAGGAGGAAGAGGAAGAGGAGGAGGAAGAAGAGGAGGAGGGAGAAAAUGAGGAGCCUCUGUCCCUGGACUGGCCUGAGACCAGGCAGAAGCAGGCCAUUUACCUCUUCCUCCUGCCCAUCGUGUUCCCACUGUGGCUGACAGUGCCUGACGUCCGGAGGCCGGAGUCUAAGAAGUUUUUUGUUAUCACCUUCCUGGGAUCCAUCAUAUGGAUAGCCAUGUUCUCAUACCUCAUGGUGUGGUGGGCUCACCAGGUUGGUGAAACAAUAGGGAUUUCUGAAGAGAUUAUGGGUUUGACAAUCCUAGCAGCAGGCACAUCAAUUCCUGACCUCAUCACCAGUGUGAUUGUCGCUCGGAAAGGCCUGGGAGACAUGGCGGUGUCAAGCUCUGUGGGCAGUAACAUAUUUGAUAUCACCGUGGGCUUGCCUGUUCCUUGGUUGCUUUUCUCUCUUAUCAAUGGAUUACAGCCCGUUCCAGUCAGCAGCAAUGGCUUGUUUUGUGCAAUUGUUUUGCUUUUUCUCAUGCUCCUGUUUGUGAUUUCUUCAAUUGCAUCAUGUAAAUGGAGAAUGAACAAGAUCCUGGGCUUCACAAUGUUCCUCCUUUACUUUGUAUUCCUGAUAAUCAGUGUGAUGUUAGAAGAUCGAAUCAUAUCCUGUCCUGUAUCUGUCUGA